GCCGAUGUGUAGUUGUAGGGACGGGGGCACAAAGAAGGGACUGACUAAUUGGUCGACUCCAUCCUUUCAGAGAAGGCCAGCCUUGAGAUGAGUCUAGAAGGAUGGAUUAAUUUCCCAGGAAUAGGGUGGGAAGGAUAUUCUGGGUGGGGGUAACUGCAUGUACAAAAACAAGAUAAGAAAUAACAUGGGUAUCUUGGGAAACUAUGAGUUGUUCCACUUGGCUGGUUAGCUCCAGAACUGAGGUAGAGGCCAGAGGAUGCCCUCAGCUCCAUACAGACUCACAGUACUUUUUUCCUGGCACAUACUCUUGGCAGCUGGUGUACUUUGCAUGUUACAUAGUGGAGUGGAUUAUGGAUAAAAGGAAAAUUCAUUGUAACUGCACAUUUUUAAAACAUUGACUGGGGUUGAUGUAAUUGUGGAGUAAUUGUGAAGGAAUCUAUGUGACAAUAGCCAAAUAAACAAAUAACCCUUCACUUCCCCAAGGCCUAGAAUCUGUUUAAUAUAACUAGAAAUAGAGUUAUUGAAAGAGAUAGGAAGCAAACUAACUCUUGACUGAUGACAGUUUCAGCUGUCUCCCCAGCCUGCCUGUGGUAACUCAGGGAUGAUGUGGGCCUCGGCACUGUGGAUAUUCCCUCUACUCUGCAGUUUCGGCCUGGCAGCUCUGCCACAUAAGCCUGAGAACAUUUCUUGCAUCUUCUACUAUAGGUGCAAUUUAACUUGCACUUGGAGUCCAGAAAAGGAAGCCUAUGACACAUGGUACACAGUUUACAGAACUUGCUUUUAUGGAAAAGAAAGUGAGAUUUGUACAAGUGAAAACCAUGCUUCGUGUGUUUUUUUCUAUCCAAAUGUAACAAACCCAAAUAUUUGCAACAUUGAAGUGGAAGCUCAAAAUGCAGAUGGUAGAAUUAAAUCUGAAACGACAGCGUGGAGUUUAGAUACCAUAGUGAAAACUGAGCCACCUGAGGUUUACUAUGUGAAACCAGCUUUGGGUGUCAAACGGAUGGUUCAAAUAACAUGGAGAAGGCCUAGUUUGGUGCCUGUUUCAUCUAUUGUAAACUACAUGCUUCGAUUCAGGAUGGUAAAUAGUACCAAGUGGCUGGAAGUCAACUUCACCAAGGGUGAUGCGCAUACAAUCCAAACAUACAACCUCACAGGGCUGCAGGCUUUUACGGAAUAUGUCGUAACUCUACGAUGUGCGGCUGAGGAGUCAAGGUUCUGGAGUGACUGGAGCCAAGAAAAAACGGGAACAACUGAGGAACAAGCUCCAUUUGGCCUGGAUCUGUGGAGAGUCCUGAGACCAGCUGAGGCAGAUGGAAGAAGGCCAGUGCAAUUGUUGUGGAAGGCGGCAAGAGGAGCACCAAUCUUGGAGAAGACACUUGGCUACAAUAUAUGGUACUUUCCAGAAAACAGCACUAACCUCACAGAGAUAAUGAACACAACUAAUCAGCAACUUGAACUGAAUCUAGGAGGCGAGACUUAUUGUGUGUCUGUAAAUUCUUACAAUUCUAUUGGGAAGUCUCCAGUGGCUACCCUGAGGAUUCCUGCUAUUCAUGAAAAGUCAUUUCGGUGCAUUGAGGCCAUGCAGGCCUACCUCACUCGGGACCAGCUGGUGGUGGAGUGGCAAAGCUCUGAUCCGGAGGUGGACACAUGGAUGGUUGAGUGGUUCCCAGACUUGGACUCAGAGCCCUCCACCUUUGCCUGGGAAUCUGUAUCUCAGGCUAGGAACUGGACAGUCCAGCAAGAUAAAUUAAAACCUUUCGUGUGCUAUAACAUCUCUGUGUAUCCACUGUCUCAGGACCGAGUGGGUGAGCCUUACUCUAUCCAGGCUUAUGUCAAGGAAGGAGUUCCAUCAGAAGGUCCUGUGACCAAGGCAGAAAACAUUGAUGUGAAGACAGUCACAAUAACAUGGAAGGAGAUUCCUAAGAGUGAGAGAAAUGGCUUCAUCAGCAACUACACCAUAUUUUAUCAAGCUGAAGGUGGUGAAGAAUUUUCCAAGACAGUCAACUCCAGCAUCCUGAGGUAUAACCUGGAGCCCCUGACACGAAACACCCCUUACACUGUUCAGAUCAUGGCCAGGACCAGUGCUGGAGGAGCCAACGGGACCAGGAUCAACUUCAAAACAUUGUCAAUUCGUGUCUCUGAAAUCGUCCUUAUAACUUCUCUGGCUGGAGGAGGUCUUCUUAUUCUCAUCAUCGUGAUGGUGGUAUAUGGUCUGAAAAAACCCAACAAAUUGAAACACCUGUGUUGGCCUGAUAUCCCUAACCCUGCUGAAAGCAGUCUAGCUUUGUGGCGUGAAGAUGAUUUCAAGAAUAAGCUAAAUCUGAAGAAGGUUCAGUUUGAUAACUCUGUGAACACAGAAGAAAAUGGGAUUCUAAAACCAUGUUAUGCCCCUAGUGACCUUAUUGACAAGUUGGUGGUGAGCUUUGAGAAUUUUCUGGAAGAAGUUUCCACAGAAGAACCUCUGAAGCAUCAGAAAGACAUUGUUGGAGGGGAAAAGAAUGAAUAUGUGACCUCCCUCUACAUGCCUUCUUGUCCCCUGGUAAAGGGCUUCCAAGAGUCCCUGAUUUCAGCCAAAAUUCUACCCAUAAAAUCCCAAAUCCUGUGUGUGGGAAUGCCAAAAGAGACCUGCUUGGAAGCCAAAGAGCAACUUCUCUUUGAUCAGAGUUUGGGGCCAGACCAUUUCUGUGAUGAAGGAGCAUCAAAUCCAUACUUGAAAAAUUCAGUGACAACAAGAGAAUUUCUUAUGUCUGAAAAACAUCCAGACCAAACCAAGGGAGAACUUUAAAUGCCUCCAUGACAUGAGUCCCGGUCCAUUUCAGUGUAGAUGACUCUUGAUGAGAGAUGAUAUCAAGAUUUGACAAGAAGCCCUUCCUUGGUCCCCUCCCCAUUCUGCAUGUUAAAGAAAGUCUCUCAUGCCCCUGAGCUGCCAGUUGAGCUUGGUUGGUAUAG